CGCUUACGGUCUCCGUCCCCGAUUAUGGCUCCUGCUUUGGGUUCAUUUCAGAUGCCAUCUCAAUAUUUUGGAAACUGAAUUUGAGGAAGCCAUUAAACUCCUAGGAAAGCAAAACCACAGAGACAAACUAAUAAGACGUACUGGAUCGUACGUCAUUUAUCAGUGUCAUGAAAUCAAAAUAAAAGUAAUCACUGACUGGUCAAUUACAACGAGAAGUGCGACAAACACGUUUGAAACAGGCAAAACCGAAGCAAAUAUACGAAUUACUUUCGAUACUCAAGGAACACUACUUUCUAGAACUAAUCACGACUUGAAAUAAUAAUAACUGGGAAAGCGAUCUUAGGAAAUGCUUCAGUACAGGGGACUUAUCAAACGAAAGUACCCCCACCCCCGAAGAACCUGUUUCAGUUUUGUUCUUGGCAAGAAGCCUAGAAUACUUCCGUUUUCUCUUACUUUUUACAUCCAUUCUGAGAGCUCUUUAAGAAUAAGCACGGAUGAAUAUUGAUUCUAUUGGGAUCGCGUAUUUCCUCUCUCCCCUUUAAAUUGCCUCUAGGGUAUGUGGUGUACAUGUCCCGGCACAUGUAUGCUUGACCAAAAAAGUCGAGAACGCCUUGGACACGAGUGUAGCUGAGACGCAUGGAAUCUUGGGUACAUGUAUUUUAAGCGUCAGAGAGAUAAACAGACCAAAAAUACAUAGCCUCCUUGAUACAUAGAAAACGGAGAAAAUGAGAAUUAAUUGUUUCACUUUGUGAAAAUGACUUCACUUAAGGGCUUCCUUCCACCAGCAGGAAGUGCUUUAUGGAGAAAAGACCGUGGUCGAUUGAACUCGGACAGCGAGAACGGUUCGAUACCUGCUAUCAAACAUGUCGUCAUUAGAGAAGUUUGGCAAAGAAGCUAUCCUUCACCCCAUGCCCUGUACAAAAUAGAUGUCAUGACUAAGUCCAACCACUGGUUUGUGUUUCGAAGGUACCGCGAGUUCAAUGAUCUUCACAAAAAACUUGUGAGUCUUUACGGUAUUCCCAAAGACAUGUUGCCACCGAAGAAAUUCGUGUCAAAUAUGGCGCUAUCUGUUCUCGAAAAGCGAAAGGCGGCCUUGGAACAUUACCUACAGCGAUUGGUUAACAGCAGCACUUACGUGUCAACUUCUCCUGAAAUUGUUGAGUUCUUAGAAGUUCAACGGCACGAUGUCAUGUCGGUGACAAGGGCGCUGGCAAAAAAUUUGGCUCAAAAUGGCGAAGACGUUUUAGCGAAGGGUGAAAGUUUCACUUUAGCUCCCACUCAACUUUACUGCAUAACCCGUCAGUUACAAUUACCAGAGCCAACCGAUGCGGUGGAUGAUGUAGAUGCAGCGGAUCUUGGAAGUCUUUACGAUUUUAUCUAUCAGCUCAAAGCACUUUGCGUCAGCAGUAUUGUAAACAAGAGUACAACCUCGCAGGAACUUUCUAGCCACCUAGAGUUUGAUAUUUCCUUGUUCAAGUCACUCAAUUGUCUGAUCAUUGAUGGCUGCCCCUUGAAUCUAAUCAACAACCUGUCAAGAGUUCAAGCUCAGAUUACAAAUCUAACAGCAAGAUACUGCUUGACAACAUUGAAAGAACUUCUUGUUGAUUGUGCAGCAGAGAAACGUUUGGCUCCCAAGGUCAAGGGCCCAGUAGAGGCAUGGAGAGGUCUCACAACAGCUAGGUUGAUGCAGAAUCGAGUUGUGGUUCACCCGUGGUGUCAACUUACAAAUCUCGAUGUAACACACAACAAACUGGCAGCAUUUGACACCUCCCUUAAACUUUUACCUGUCUUGCAAAAUCUGAACAUGAGUUAUAAUGAAUUUGUUCACUUGGAUCUCCAGCAGUUAUGCUGUCCAAGUCUUAAGCACUUGAAUUUGGCACACAACAACAUCCACUUCAUUACAGGCAUGCCUAGAGAGCUGGCACACUUGAAAUCUCUGCUUCUUUGUCACAAUAACCUCGAGACUGUUAGCGGAUUGGAUUGUCUCACCGGACUCAUUGAAUUAGACCUAAGCUACAACCAAAUCCGUGUGGUCCAUGAAAUUUCCAAGUUGUGCGUGAGCUCCCACUUAAAGUACCUUUCAGUUGCUGGAAAUCCUUUUGCGAGGGUAAAGCCGUACAGGAUUGUUGUGUUGUCGUAUUUCAAAGGUAAAGAGCUUGUCCUUGACAAGAAGCCAAUAACUCAGAAAGAAAGGGUCAAACUGCAGUCCUACCCUGCCAAACUACGUGCUAGUAGCAGUCCUGAUUACGUGCUGGGUGAUAGUAACAUGACUGAGGAUGUGCUUCCUGGUCGUUCCCACAGCUUCAACUUGUUUGGUCCCCCAGAAAGUGACGAGGACUCUGGAAUAGAAGGUGCACCAAGUCUUAGAAGCUACAGCAUGGUUAUGGACCCAGAUGAAGGUGAGAUUAGAGACAAGGAGCUUCUUUUCAACUGGUCGUACUACAGUGGACAGGAAGAAUUGUUAAGUGGUACCAUCCAUCACCUUUCAUUUGAUGCCAAUGAUAAGGAUGAAAUGGAGGCAGCUGCUAUCAGUAAUAUCCACCUUGACAGAGGAGCGAGCAAUGAUGACACAGCUGAAGGGAGUAACAUUGAGUAUCCACAGAUUGAUCAUGAAUCCACAGAAGCUGCUAGAGAGGAUGAGUUCCCUAAGAUGGGGACAGAGAAAAACACAGAACAGUGUGCUACUUUUUCUUCUCAUGUUCCAAGUAGCUCUACAGAGCUUUCAGGAAACCAAGAAGAAGUUUUGACCAGCUCCCCAAGGUCUCCUGGUGAAGGUCAUAUAUAUGCAUCACUGGAUGAUUUUAAUAACAAGUCUAACCCUGCUGAGGGGGAAACUUCACCAACUGAAGUGAGAACUGAAGUUUGUGAAUAUACCGGACCAGGAAGAACAGAACUUGACACUGAAUGAAUCACCAGCUGAGGUUACAGUGCACAGAUUGAUGAUGGGUCCAUCAAUUCUACCUAGCAGUUUUUGGAAUAAAUGAGAAAUUGCUCUUCAAGGUGGUGGAAAUGAUAGUGAUGAACGUGCUGCAAUUUAUCCAAACAUUGUAGUACAAUCCUUAGAAAAUGUAAUUUGAAACUGGAACAGAUUCCUUAUGCAAGGAGUAAUUUAUGGUUACAAUGUAAGUUUUCUUUACAGAUGUGUACAUGUAUUUCCACUUAAUGUAUGCAGUUCUCAGCUUAAUGAACAACAAUCUCCCAGUUAUUAUAAAUAAUAUUUAUUGGAUUAAUUUAAUAUCAAAACAGAAGUGAAUGUACAUGUAUUAUAAAUUGCACCUUAUUAUGGUAUAUAUGACCAGUUUUGCAUAACAGGCAAGCUGAAUGAAAUUUAUCCUCUGUUGUGAUUGCCAACUACAGAUUCAAAUUGUUGUGGACUUGAAUUGGUUUUGCUUUACUUGGCACUAUACCAGGCUUAAAAAAAAUCUGGGCCAGCUAGAUGGAAAUGCAUUGUGUCCCUUACACUUGCUUUUAUUGGCUUUUGUGAUUGCUUUGGUUACCGGAUUGAAAACUGUUCUAUGCUGGGGUUGUGUACAAUUGGAUGUGAAUCUUCACACUGUUAUUUACUAAAACAUUAAAUAAUUCAUUUGAAAUGUAGUUUAGGGAUGACCUUCACUGCAGCAUUUGAUUUAUUGAUAAUUAAUAUUUAAAUAAUUAUUAUUAAAUAAUGUUUAUUUAUGUGCAGUUUCUGCUUUGUGGGACAAAUAUGUAAUAUAUUAUUUCCUGAUAAAAGCACAAAGUCUAUUGACAUGUGCUAAUCACUUACCUCAAGUGGAACACUUCAUGUAAUCUACAUGUAUUUAUUAUGCUUGUCUUCUUGGGGCUCACUGGAUGUCUCUUUUAGUAGAGCUCAUAGUGAAUAAUUGAAGGGUGCUUUGAAUAAAGCCCUAAUUGACGUUUGAAAAUUUAUGAGGCAGCCAGGAUUGAAAUACCUACCAGUAAUUUUCACAAAUUACUCUGGUUUUAGCUAUUGUCUCAAAAGAACUAGUAAUUACUACUAGUUCUUUCUAGACAAUAUUGAUAGUGAUGAAUGUGCUGCAGUUUAUCCAAACAUAAGAAUAAACUGUAUAAACUGCCCCGAGGUAUUUCAAUGCUGGUUACCUCUACGUUUUUCAAAAGUCACUUAGGGCUUUAUUCCACUCAUCCCUUCAUUUUGUUGUCUGGGUGAAAAAGAAGUUGCUGUGACUGAGUGAGGUGGCCAUAAUGGUUUUUUUUUUCUAGUGCGCAACAGCCAAAAAAUAACUAAACAAACUAAAUUAUAUGGCAACAGAGUAUGGGUGUUGUCUAUAAACAUUAGAAUUCUUUGGCUUUGUUGUGGGUACUCUUGUGAGUUUAUCAAUUUUGACAAAAAAGGAGAGUGGCCAAGACCUUAAACUCGUACUUUGGUCUAGCCUGACACUCUUGCAUGUUGUUAUCAUCUGUUUAAAUCUGUUAUAUAAAGAAAAUUAUUUACAGAAAACUAAUAGUAGGUAACAAGAAGGCUAAGGAGAAUCCACAAGACUUAAAAUAUUACAGUAAUUAUUAUGAAUACAUUGGACAGGAAAUUAUUUAAAUACUAUGGCUAAAGAUGAGAAUAAAAUAACUUUACAGCGUUGUA